AUGUGUCACCGUCGGUGCACAUGUCGGCGCUGUGUUCGCGCGCGUGGUUCCGCGCGCGCUGCAGCAGGGCGUGGCGCGGCGCCCACCACGCCGGCCCGCCGCGCGCCCCUGCGCCCUCCGCGCACUCCACGCUCCCCCGCCGCCGCACACUCCGCGCCCGCGCACACCAGGCGUCACCCCACCAGAUUGAAAAGAGGAAGACCACCUUUAUCCAGGAAAAUUAAGGAAAGGGAGAGAGAUGAAGAAACUUCUACAGCCGGAAAAGAGAGACCGCGUGGUCGCCCCAGUACAGAAACACGCGGAUACCGGCGGCCGUCGUACGACAUCGACAACAUUGUCAUCCCCCAGAGUAUCGCCGCAAACACGCGACCCGAGAUACUCACCUACAAGGAAAUUAUCACACCCAAAUGGAGAGUUAUGGAGAUACCUGAAGUACCACUCAAUAAUGGGGUUAUGAAAUCAAACCGGAUAUCCAUUGAGAGUGAGGAGGAGGACGUGUCGGAGGCGACGGUGCAGUCGCGGCACGCGCGCGCCGAGCUCCGAGAGCGUGCGCGCUACGUGCGCAAGCAGCGCGCGCGCCGCGUACACGCGCAGCACGAGCACGAGCAGCACGCGCCCGCGCGCGACCAACCCGCCGCGCCCGCUCCACCCGCGCUGCCCGCACCGCCCGCCGCGCCGCUACAGCACGAGACAGUGAGACCAUACUCGCCUCGUCAGUUUCCACUGACCGAGACUACCUAUCAAGAAAUGCUGUUGAACAUGCCCCAGGAAUUUCGCCCAUCCAGUCCUUCACAUUGGGGUAGUUCUCCCUUGCAGUCUCCGCAAGGUAAUUUUGAAGAAGAAGUGGAUAUGGAUGAUUCUAGCACACUUUCCCCUUACUCGCCGUCCGCUUUCGAUGGCGACGAUCCUGACGAUGCAGAAUGGGAUCCUAGUGCUGAAAAAGUUGAGAAACGAAAGAGCUCGUUUAGGUGA